AUGUCUUCCUCCUUGAAGAGCAAAUUCUCGGCGGCUGAGACAGGCGUCUUCUGGGACCUGGAUGAGUGCCCGACCCCCACUGGUCUGAGUCCUGAUUCGAUCUCUGCUAAUAUCAAAUUAGCUCUCGAGAAUUUAGGUUAUACUGGCAAGGUGUCUAUGUUUGCUUAUUCUGUUGCGGAGCAGAGCGAAGAAGUAAAGUUUGAAUCCGCCGAAAUCAAGCUUAAACAUAACCUAGGGACUCGUAAAACAAGUCUUUUCGCGAUGUAUCAGAACCUUUUCAUGUGGGGAAUAGACCAUCGUUAUGAACCAACAAAUUUGAUGGUAAUCUCACAAAGCCUUUUCAGCGAGAAAGAAAACAAUCUUCUCCUAGCGCAACCUCGAAAAAAACCAAGAGUGCUGCGUGAUACUGCAACUUCAAAAUGGCUUUGGAAAAGCCUAUCAACUGGAGGGAGCCCUCUCCAUGGCCACAGCAUGAGAGCAGAAUCAGUUAUGCCGUCUUCUCGACAUUGUUCUGCUUGCAGAAGAAGGGCACUUGGUCUUGCCAAUAAGCGGAAGAAACGUCCGACCAAAGGUUUUCGAUUUUUGUUUCGCUUUAACCUUAUAUAA